CUGGCAACACUGGCAUGCAGGCAACUCAAAAAAAAAAAGACAAAACCAAAUGCACAAACAUUCUGGAAUUUGCAAGUUUUCUAUUAUUUUUUUAAUUUCGCACAUCCUAAAAAGUACGUGAAGUUCAGAUGAAUAUGCACUGUGCAAGUUUUGCAGCAGGCCUACUUUUACUUCUAAGUAGUACGCCGAGCGGACUAGCUGAAAAUAUUUGCCAAAAAUAUUUGCGCGAAUUGGCUCAAAAUCAAAGCGUAUUCGUUCAAUGUUCAACAAAGCAUUCGGUGCCCGUAAGCCUUUGUGUAGGUUGCGAAGAGCCUUUUACCGAUAUGCAUUUGUCUUACAUGGCCCUGCGAAAUGAAAAGAAUUGUACGGAUAUAUAUUUUGAUAAGGAUCGCAUCAACAUCGUGUCUACAACACAAUCUAUACUUGUCGGAUUGUGGACGAAAGCUUACUGUGAUGACUGUUACUCCAAUAACCAUUCGUAUGUAUUCGAUUUGAAAAAACGGGACUUUGAAGAUUGUCUCAGGGAGCACAAAGGAGAAGAAUGCUCAGCUUGCCUGCUAGAAUAUCUAGAUUUGAAUGGUUUUUAUAUUUCUUUGGAUAAAAAGAAUAAUGGAAAAAUUUGCUUUGACAUGCAAGAUGCAAUGAACCGGACAAGAGCUCACUGGUCUAAGGAUUUAAAGUGCUGUCAUCGCGAGUUUGAUUAUAUGCUUUUUCUCGUUGUGUGCGGAUUUAUAGCGGUACUACCAAUCUUAUUUUAUGGUACCACAUUUUUUUUAACAAAACACCAAGAGCGUAAUUAUGUUACCAUAAUCGAAGAUCCACGUAGCAGUAAUGAUGGCCCUUCAACAAACGUGAAUGCAAACAGUUCCUCGGCUGAUCUACCUAGCACAUCAUCUGUAGCUACAUGCCCGCGGGUACCCUCACCAAAAACUAAAUUGCAAGUCGAGGGCUUUACCAGUUCCGAUGACAGCGAUUUAGAAGAAACUGCUGCAGAGAUAACAUCAAAAAAGCAUGAUAAAAGCGAAUAAUUUUAGAUUGUAUUUGAACUAUUUUUGCUAUUAAUACUAAAAUGCAACUUCAAAAUAACUUUAUUAAAAAACAAGAUUUAUAUGUGUAUAGGAAAAUAAAUGCCUUUAUUUAGGAAAAAAAAAAUUGA